AUGAGAUGGGGAGCUAUUAAUAUCAAUGGGGGCUACUCUGGGAAGAAGGUAGAGCUGGCAGAGGCUGCAAGUAAGAUGGGGCUGGACGUUUUAGCUGUUAGUGACAUUCGGGUAAGGGGUGAGAAAGAAGAGGAAGUGGGAGAAUACAAGGUCUACCUGUCAGGCGUCAAAGCAGGAAUAGCACAAUGGGGUGUAGGGCUUUACAUCAGGAAAGAAAUGGAACCCAGCGUAGUGGCAAUAAGGUAUGUAAACGAACGACUGAUGUGGAUAGAUUUGACAGUGUCUAGCAAGAAAAUUAGGAUUGUGUCAGUAUAUUCGCAUUGUGAAGGGACAGAUCAAGAUAAGAUGGAUAGUUUUUAUGAGGCUCUCAGUGAUGUACUUGUUAGAGUAAAGGACAAGGACAGUGUUCUGCUCAAGGGUGAUUUUAACGCCAGGAUUGGAAAUCGAACAGAAGGGUAUGAAAAGGUUAUGGGUAAAUUUGGAGAUGAUAUGGAGGCCAACAGGAACGAGAAAAAACUCUUGGAUUUCUGUGCCAGUAUGGGCUUAGUAAUCAAAAACUCCCUUUUUAAACAUAAGAACAUUCACCGGUAUACUUGUGAAGGCAGGGGAACCAGAUCUGUCAUUGACUAUAUAAUAACAGAUCAGGAAUUCAGGAAGGCUGUGAGGGACACCGUGUAUUCAGGAGAUUCUUUGAUGAUACUGAUCAUUAUUUAA